CACGGUUAUGCUGCCCUUAAAUUACUCUUCCAAACGGAGCGACCUCCUUCACUUCCUCCUCCAUCUUCAUCUUUACCUUCUCAUACACCUCCCUCAUACACCACCAUGACUUUAUCACGCCCACGCACAUACACCAGGGCUCAACCAACUGAGGCGGACAUCCUGGCCGCCCUUGGCAGGUACCGUGCAUACAUUGCCGAGGCCAACCAUCGCGCCAUGUCAGCUAUUCUUCCAGCGAUUGAGACAGCCCAUAUAGACGAUCCCGACCUUUUUGAGUCGCCUGAAGAGGAGGAGGAAGCACGCCUCGACUUUUUUGACCGUCUCAUCAACCCGCCUGACAACACGCAGCCGCCCAUCGAGCGUCCGUCCGACAUCCUUACGCAUUGGGACUUGGUUGUGUCGCAACUCUCCCUCGACGGCACCUCGGUGAAUGCCGACCCAGAAUGGCGGGCUACCAAGCGCGACAUGUAUCGCUCAGCCAUCCUCGACGGCCUUGGGCGCCUCGAGUGUCCCACUGGACAGUGGAACUUGCCUCUUGAUUUUGAGAUCCUGAUGCGGCACGUCGACAGUCUCGAAGGGCAUGGUUGGGCCAAGCUCCGAGACGAAACGGAGCGCCUGAUUUUCUGGGUAGGCUGGGGGGGACCAGGAAGUGGCACAGAGACCCACGAAAAAAUUCAAAAGAGGGUUCUGGCGGGGCAGACCAUCGUCGAUGCGACUGCAUUCUACAAUUACGAUGUAGCAGGAGGAUGGCUCUCCGGCGUGGGAGGCGAGUCUGCCGUCUACGUGGCUUACACCCGGCCGAAGGGGAACGAGAGCCAAGGUUGGUCUUGGCGAUAUCUGGUUACGAUGGGUCAGUUUGGCGAUGAAUGCUUUGACGAUAUUGUGGGUGUCCUGGAUUGGUACAAGCACCACUCUGAGCUUCAUGAGUCUGAGCUCGAGGUCACUGCCGCGGAGAUUUUUGCACCUUGACUGAUGAGACGAUUGACGCGCUGCAACUGUGGUUUUUUCUACUCGAGACUUUCCGAUAGCAAUUGCCAUAACCCACGUAGGGAAAUAACCAAUACAACUUCAGUUCCAUAUGGCCUCGCA